AUGAGACCGCCGGGUUUUCAGCCAGCGGCAGCUGCCGCGGCCGACGUUUUGCCAGCUGCUCCUGAUGGACAGCAGGCCGACGAGGGCGAGGAGGAGGCUCGCCCGAGGGUGCUGAAGGCACCUCACGAGCCCUCUCAGAGGGAGAUCGUCGAGCACGAGGCGAUGGGACACGCGACCUACCGCAGCUGGUGUCGCGUGUGUAUUGCGGCAAAGGGCCAAGGCCAGCCGCAUCUCCGCGCACCGGAGGACGACGAGACGGCGGUGCCGGUGGUCUCGUCCGACUACGCCUUCAUGGGCCAGGACGACGCGGACACCAUGCCGAUGCUGGUCCUUAGGGAUCGACGCUCGAAGAUGAUGGCAGCGACAUUCGUGGAGAAGAAGGGCGACGACGCCUACGCCAUCAAGUUCUUCGCACGCUUCUUACGGAUCCUGGGCUACAGGAAGAUCGUCAACAAGUCCGACGGCGAGCCAGCGAUCCUGCUGGUCAAGAGGCGUGCGGUGGAGGAGGUUCCUGGCCUCGAGGCCAUUCCCCAGGAGUCGGCACCGGCCGAUCAUCAGGCCAAUGGGGAGAUCGAGGUCACGGUGCGCGAGAUCAAGAAGCAGGUGCGGGCGCUCAAGAUGGACCUGGAGUCCAAGCUGGGCGUCAAGGUGGAGGACAAGCACCCAGUGCUGGCGCACCUGCCGGAGCACGCCGCAUCGGUGAUCAACCGAUACAGGCGCGGCCAGGACGGCAAGACCGCUCUUCAGCGGCUCACGGGACGGCAGUGGAGGAAGCCGGUCCCGCUCUUCGGUGAGCGCCUGAUGGUGCGGUUCGCCGGGGAGCGCGCGAGGAAGAACGCGCUGGAGGAGCAGAUGGUGGAGGCUCGCUACAUCGGCCACCACCCGCGCGACGGCUCGAUGAUGGUCAUCACGAGCGACGGUGUGAAGAAGGCGGUCGGCUUUCGCAGCCUGCCGCAGAGCGAGAAGUGGAUCACGGCGGGCUGGGACAGCCUGAAGGGCCUGCCGUGGGACGUGGCUCCGCGUGCGGCCAGUGCGCCGCGAGCCAUCGUCGGACCGGGAGAGGCCGGUCCGCCACCGAUUGUGGUGGUGCCGCCGCAGCCGCAGGCGCCGAGGAGGAUGUACGUUCUCAAGGCGGACGUCGAGCGGCUGGGCGCAACGCCGGGAUGCCCAGGGUGCGUCUCGAUCGCCAAGCACGGCAAGGUGCUGGCUGGCCAUGCGCACAACGCGGUGUGCAGCAAGAGAAUCUUCGAAGCGCUGGACGCUGAGGAGGCAGGCCGGGAGAGGACCGGCCAGUAUCGAGAGCGGAGGCAGGGCCAAGAGGCCAGAGUCCGCCCGGCGGCAGCGGCCGCGGCAGGGACCCCUCCGCCGAAGACGGCUCGGAGGAUCACCGAGCCGGUGGCAGCGGCGGCGUCGGCGCCGGCCGCGAGCCGAUCGGCAGCAGCGCCAGCCGCAGCGGCGCGCAUGCGAGAGAGCCAGCCGGGAGCAUCAGGCUCCGGCGUGGCGGCUCCUUCAGGAGGAGCGAGCUCCAGUUCGGGAGCAGUGAGAGCGGCAGAGGCCGCCGAGGAUGUCGACAUGACCGCGACCAGGUCGCGGCUGAAGCGCUUGGCGGAGGUGGCCCCGGAUGACGUGCCGGAGGCCCUCGAGCGCGGUGAUCCACAGCCGGCAGACGUGCCGGUACCGGUGGACAUGGAGGAUCUCGCGGCGCAGCCGGCGCCAGCGGAGGGACCUCAGCUGCCAGCUGGAGUGGCAGUCGUGUGGAACGCCAGUGAGGGGAGACACAUGCGGGUGCUCGCUCUCGACGUGGCGUCGAUCGAGCUGGUCGAGCUCGGAGUGCUGACGAGAGCGAAGGCGGAGUUGCUUCCGCUCGUUCGCGAGCAGGUCAGCGGCCAUUGGGCCAGCGUCGGCGUGGACAUCGCCGACGAAGAGGUGGACAGCAUCGCCUUAUCGGCGUUGCAGCUGGGCGCCGUGGACGUGGCAGAGGUGUACUCGCCACAUCGGUUCUCGGCUCGGGCGGCGGAGUUUCAGCUGCGCCCGGGCUUCGCGGCGGACCUGGAGGAACUCAAGGAGGACGGGGCGCCGUGGGACUUGCGGCGACCCGAGGAUGUCAAGGAGCUCGAGGAGCAGCAGGAGCGGAUGGAUCCCAUCCUGCUCACAGGGUCCCCUCCAUGCGAGAAGUUCAGCUUGCUGAGGGGCCUGAGCGCCAAGUUCAGGACCGAUGAGCAGGAGGCGGCUGAGAUGGAGGAGGCCAGACACCACCUGAAGGUGGCAGUCGACGCCUACUGGCGUCAGCUCAGGAAGCCAGGCAGGUACUUCCUGCAUGAGCAUCCCUGGAGCGCGCGAUCGUGGAAUGAGGACAUCGUCAAGGAGCUGGUCGCGCAUCCAGGAGUCUUCACGGUCAAAGGCCCCAUGUGUCGGUGGGGCAUGAAGCUCACGAACCCACGCAGUGGCCAGGAGGAGUUCGUGCGCAAGGAGACCGGGUGGGUCACCAACCACCCAGGCUUAGCCCGGAGACUGCAGGGCACUUGCAGCAAUGUGGACGGACGCGCGGAGUGGCAUCGCCACAUCACGCUCGUGGGCGGCAUCGCGCGGUUCGCGAAGGUCUAUCCACCGAAGUUGGUGGAGGCGGUGCUGGAGGAGCUCAAGGACACGCUGAAUGACGUGGGGGAGCUCAGCACCGCCCAGGUGCAGCAGUCGGGCCCAGUCCCUGUGGACGCGGCGGUGCCGCCCGGGGACUGGACGAGCUACUGGGACGACGUCAAUGGCGGCUACCUGGAGGCGGGCCUUGUGGCCCAGGCUCGCGCGGUCGAGCGCGAGUGGGUCAAGAAGCAGGAGCUGAUCGAGAUCGAGUCGCUUCGCAGGAAGGGCAGGAAGCCGGGCAACUUCAAGAUCGGCUUCUUCGACAUCAGCAGGGCGCACUUCUACGGGAAGGCGCAGCGGAGGAUCUUCGUGGAGCUGGAGGAGGAGAGUCGCAAGGAGUACGGUGAGGACAAGUGUGGCUUACUCCUCAAGUCCUGGUACGGCACGCAGGACGCCAGCAAGAUCUGGCAGGGCGACUACACGGAGCUGUUGGAGGAACACGGCUACAAGGCGGGCGUGUCAUGCCCAGCGGUCUUCUACAAGGAGGUGGACGAGACGAGGCUGCUGGGGCACGGCGACGAUUUCGCGGUGCUGGCUCAGCAGCAGGACAUCGACAGCUUCGAAGCCACGUUAGGCAAGAAGUACGAGUUCAAGAAGACUGCGAACCUCGGCUUCGACGAGGGCGACGACAAGCAGGCGGUCUUCCUGAAUCGGGUCAUCGAGGUCAGUGCGGGAGUUCCGCCUGGCGGUGGCCGGCCCUGCCGGCAUGCGAUGAUUGAGCCGGACAAGCGGCGCGCAGAGAUCGUGAUCGACGAGCUGGGUCUCAGCAAGGCCAACGGCGUGGACACGCCGAUGGAGAAGCGCAGCGCCGACAAGCAGAUGAUGGACGCGAAGUCGGCGGCGCUGGGAACGGCGGAAGCUCCGCGCUUCCGAUCCCUCACCAUGAGGGUGGCCUACCUGUCUCAGGACAGGCUGGACCUGGCAGAGGCAUCGAAGACGCUCGCUAGGUCCAUGCAGACGCCGACGGAGGCGAGUUGGCUCAUGCUCAAGAGGGUUGGUCGCUACCUCAAGCGGCAUCCCAGUACGGUGACGGUUUUCACGGAGCAGAAGAUGUUCGACAAGAUCCGGGUGUACGUGGACUCCGAUCAUGCGGGCUGCGCAGUCACUCGGAAAAGCACCGGAGGCUUCGUGGCGAUGCUGGGGCAUCACGUCAUCAAGCACGGCAGUAAUCUUCAGUCGACGGUCUCUCUGAGCAGUGGAGAGAGCGAGUACUACGCCCUGGUGAAGGGCGGGAGUGUGGGCCUGGGUCUACACAGCCUCUUCGCAGAUUGGGGGCUGGACCUGAAGGUGGAGCUCGCCUCAGACUCAUCGGCGGCCCGGGGCCACGUCCAACGGCGAGGUCUCGGGAAGAUGCGACAUGUUCAAUCCCGAUACCUGUGGAUCCAGGAGCGCGUGGGCAAGGGCGACCUCUCGAUCGCCGCGGUUCCUGGUAAGAACAAUGUCGCGGACGUGCUGACCAAGAGCGUGGAUGGGCGCGUCGGCUUGGACGCGCCCGCGUGUGACGUGGAGAUGGGCGUGUCGGCUUGGUAUACCCUGAGGUUCCUCGCAGCAGCGGUGACCAGCACUGGCGCCGAGGCGGCGGCGCACGGCACGCGCGCCGGCGUGGCGCGCGGCCGGAUCGGCAGCAUGCAGCUGCUGGAGGAGGUGGGGGACGCGCCGAAAGCGGAGGACUCGUCGGAGGUGCUGCUGCCGCCGAAGGCGGACGCGUGCUCCAACGCGACCUCGAAUUGUUGGGACACCAAGUGCUGCAAGGACGACGGCCUCACGUGCUUUGCCCAGGACCUUGGGUGGGCGCAGUGCAAUGCGAGCUGCGAGGAGGGCGCGGUCUGGUCCUCCGCCGACCCGAACUACGUGCAGACGAAGUGGUCCUGCGCCCGGGUGGUCACGCACUUGUCCGCGGGCGCCGCCACGAGGCAGCUCGAUGUGCCCGCCAGGAGCGCGAAACCCCCUGCACAGCCGCGGGGCGAGCAGUGCGCCGUGGAGGGCGAGUACUGCGGGCGGCGGCCCUGCUGCGAGGGCUCAGGUACAAAGUGCUUCAAGAAGAACGCGAUGUGGGCUUCAUGCAGGAAUGAGUGUACGCCAGGCAUCGACAAGAACGACCCGAAGUGGGCACGGACCCCGUGGAGCUGCGAGGAGUUAGCGCCACCGAUAGACGUUGUCGGUGAGGAGACCUUGUUCUGCUUCGCCCUGAUGCUGCCAGACUCCUACGAGGUCGGCCUCAUCCAGACGCAGCUCGACGCGCAGGCGGGGAUCUUCGGGUGCGACGCUUCGGCAGUCUACAGCAACCAGAGCAUCAAGAUGAGCUCCAAGGUCUCGAAGGCGUCGCUGAAGACGCAGGUCGUGCCGGGCUCGCUGCACUGCGAGCUCGGCGGCCAGUACUGGACCGCGCUCAACACCGAGAUCUUCGUGCGGGUCUGGAAGAAGGUCGCGAGCGGGAAGGAGUUCGGCGCGCACGGCUGGACCGUCAAGGCGGACCCGGACGCCGUGAUCCUCCCGCGGCGGCUGCGCCUCAGGGCGGGACGGUCCAGGUUCCUGUCCGGGCGGCAGGACAAGGUGUACAUGAACAACUGCCAGUUCGGGCUGCACGGUCCGGUGGAGAUGAUGUCUUUGGGGGCCAUGGUGGCGUACCGGGACGGCAUCGACAGGUGCGUGGAGGAACUGAAGGAGGAGUUCAGCCAGUACGGCGAGGACGUGUUCUUGCGCGAGUGCCUGCAGUUGGUCGGGGUCGACAAAGUGGAGGACUUCAGCAUGAUGAAGGAGACCCACUGCGACUGGUACGGCGAGGUUGAUCAGGACACCCGUCCCGCGGGUGGGUCGAGGGCCGGGUAG